ACAAUGAUGUGGCGUUUGAUGUAGUUGGAACAGUUCCAAGACUCAGAUGCUUCACGUUGACGAGACAGGUGUUAAGAGGGUUGACAACUUUCUCUCUCGCCCUGUCAUUUGCAUAUAGCAAAAAAAAAAAAACUGAUCAAUCACAAAAGGUAAUGAUCUCACACGUUACCGCUGGCGUCGCGUACCUGGCAAAGAAGCCAGGGAACGACGCAUCAAAUAUUUGUCGAGGGCCAUCACGGAAAUUUUAAUAACCUUAUCAACAUAGUUUCUACCAUGAAUUCAUCCAGCUAAAAAAACUGUUAUAUAUUUUUUUAUCGACUGGAGCCCAUUGAAUCUUGGCCUCCUAAGCCAGCGCGCAUUAUAAUGGGAAAUAUUCGAAAAACUCUAGUUCUUGUGCUGAGCGUGUUUGUUUUUGGUGUGUGCAUCUCAACUUCAAGCAAUACAUACGACAGCGAAGAAGAACUUGUACAAGUGAAGAAGUGCUACAAGGAGUUGGGAUGCUUCGAGUCGGAAGGAUUCUUCCACGCACUCUACCGACCCGUCAACUUCUUUCCCGACAAGCGAGCACUCAUCAACACCAUGUUCGCCUUCUUCUCGCGUAAGAACCCGAUCAAGGAGCAUCUACUCAUGUGGUCAUCGCCCAUCAGUGACUACUUGAAGCUGCCUUUCAAUGCCAGCAAGCCCACGAAGGUCAUCACGCAUGGCUGGCUGGAUGCGGUGUACUUCGGGCAAUGGAUGACGAAAAUGAAGAAUGCUUUGUUAUUGGCUGGCGACUACAACGUCAUCACCGUUGACUGGCGAGGCGGAAAUGGACUGCCUUAUGCGCAAGCCACAGCCAAUACGCGGCUUGUAGGAGCUGAGAUAGCCGUCAUGAUUGAGAAGCUUCAGAAAGUGUUCAAAGCCAACGUGUCAACUUUCCACAUCAUGGGUCAUAGUCUGGGAGCCCACGUUGCUGGCUACGCGGGAGAGAGAAUACCCGGGCUUGGGCGAAUAACCGGUUUGGAUCCAGCCGACCCGUACUUCCAGCACAUGCCUGCUUUCGUCCGCCUGGACCCGACUGACGCGCGCUUCGUGGACAUUCUCCACACCGACGGAGGGACAGUUCUCGAUCUGGCCAUGCGCUCGGCGGUCGUGUGUAACCAUGAGCGUGCCGUGACGUACUACCUGGAGACGGUGAGCGACCGGAGCUGCAAGUGGAUGGCCUUCGUCUGCCCCUCGUACCACAUGUACAAGCGAGGUCAGUGCUCGGACUGUGGCCAUGACGGCUCCCGCUGCGCGCGCAUGGGGUUCUACGCGGACCAAUGGAAACCCCGGAGCAACACGUCGGUGCGCAUGUACCUGCAGACCAUGAGUGUGUACCCGUACUGCGCUUUCCAGUAUUCUCUGAUAAUUGAGCUGUACAAGGAUGAUCAGACCGUCUCAGCGACAGGUUAUUUCACUCUCACCCUACACGGCGAAUCUAGGAGCGCCGACAUUCAGAUCAACAAAAAGCCGCUGACGCUGUACCCGAGGGCGCAGCACCCGUUUCUCGUGACGACCGACAAGAAUGUGGGCAAAAUCAUUCGAGCCUCUUUCUCGUACGAGAGCAACCGGUACCUGUUCUUCCGGACCAACCUGCAGCUGUGGAGAGUCCGAGUGUUGUCCAUGAACGAAGGCGUGCUGAGGGAUGAAAAGAAGAAUAAGACGUUGGCCUUCUGCUACCACGACAAAGCUGGCAUUCCGCCUGGAGAAGGGGCUCAUUUGAUUCCGUGCUAACGCUUUCGCAAGACUUAAAAAAGAAAAACAGAGUGACGGCAAUACAGGAAUAAAAGUGACAUCUCGAAAACA